AUGCCGACGAUGCACGCCGCGCCCAGUGCCAAGUGCUCGCUCCCGAGCCGUGCGGCAGGCCUCCUGCGCGCCCGCGCAUCGGUUCCCGCGUCCCCGUCGCACGAGCAGCGGCGGGUGCGGCUGUGUGCAUCGGCGUCUCAGCAGGGGGCUCCCGCCGCGCUCGCGACGUCCACACAGCCCCCGAGCGUGCCCGAGGUGGACAUCUCCGCGCUCAGGUCGCCCGCGAAGAUCGGCUGCAAGAGCAAGUCCACCAUCGAGGUCCACGACCAGGGCGGAGACGUGAGCCUCGCCACCUACAUGCAGCUCCCCGUGGAACAGUACUUCGUCCUCGAGCCCGGAAUGAUCACGUCGCUCGGCGGCAACCUGUUCCGCUUCCAGGUGCCCAGCCUCAAGUUCUUCAACCUGCGCAUCGAUCCCGUGGUUGAGGUGAUGGUCGACCUGGUCGACCCGGAGGGCCCGCGCCCGCGCGUGCGGCUCGCGGCGACCAAGUGCGAGAUCGGCGGGUCGCCCGCGAUCGAGCGCAUGGGCCUGGACCGGCGGUUCCGCAUGCGGAUGGUUACGGAGAUGGGAUGGAGCGAGGGCGUGGCGGGGGAGGACGGGGGCGCGCUCGGGUGCAUCGACGGGUCGUCGAAGCUGGACGUGUGGUGCGAGGUGGUUCCGCCGUUCAACGCGAUGCCCAGGCGCGCGCUGGAGUCGACGUGCAGCGCGGUGCUGCGCGCCACGGUCGGACAGAUGUUCCCUGCCUUCCUGCGCAACCUCGCGGCGGACUACCGCCGGUGGGCCACGGACGCGGACUACCGCGCCGAGCGCGCGCGGAACACGCUCUAG